AUGACCAAGCCCAAUUUAUUAGAGCUCCCAGUAGGAGCCCGGCUCGUCUAUCUCGCUGAAGGCGGUGCCAAUGUUAUCUACCGAAUUCUUUCUCCAGCGGAAAUGAACGUUGGUCAGAAGAAUGACCUCUCAACGGCUGUUUCCAGCUCACUAUCCAGUGCGAUGGAUACGAUCCAUGUCCCAGCCAGAUUCCAAGGCAAAUUGCUCCGGCUUCGAAAAGACACGAGCGCGGGGAUCUCAUACCAAGAAAUUGCACGCAAUUUCGAUCGAUGUAUACGUCCUCUUUUCAGACCAGAAGAGCUAGUUGACCAGGAGCUUGUGUAUCUCCCAAAAGGGCUUGUGCAUUCUUGCAACGAGCAGCUACAGGCAGCAGAGCGAAAGGGCCAGCGUCCAAAACGACGCCAAGGAGUGUAUCUCUCCACGGUCGAGCCGUUCGGCUUACUCAUAACAGAUAUGACCGCAUUUAGCAGUCCUGGGACAACGCUUUCCGAGUUAAAGCCCAAAUGGCUGCUUCAAUCUCCAUCCGCACCACCUAACUCUCGCAGAUGCCGAACCUGCGCACUCCGCGACAUGAAAACUCAAAAAGCGCGCAGAAAAGGAGUGGCAGGAGAGGAAUCCUUCUGCCCGCUGGACUUGGUAUCUGACAGGUUCGACAAUGUUCUCCGUGCGGCCCAAUUUGUGAAAGGGUGCAAAGACCAGGCACGGCUGGCAAAGGUACUCUAUCGCAAUAGUACGCUGCAGCGGCUCUUGACACAUCAGAAAACCUUACAAGAUGUGGGGCUCUAUGGUCCACCCCCAACCUCUCGAGAGAAGUCGCUUGCGAUGACUCUGCGAGACUGCACCAUGUUCAUAAGGAUGCCACGCGACGAUUCCGGACGUGUGGAGAUCCGACUGGGCGAUUUGGAUCUCAAGACCGGGGCGGGAGGGAAAGCCCAGUAUUGGCUUGACCUGGAGCACCAGUUGAUCGUGGAAGACUGGUACGCAGGGGCCAAGAGUAAUGUAUCGGAGAGCGAGUGCGCUCAGCAGAGCCCACGGAUACAUUCACAAUCGUCCAUAUAA